UGGGGUGGGCCGGAGAGGCCGGGGCGUGGGGGCGAGCUGGAUAGGCGGGGGCGGUGGGAUGAGCCAAGAUGGCAGGGACGGGAGAGGGAGCUGGAGUAAGCCAGCUCCGGAAGCGGCGGUGGGCGGGGCUGUUGUGGAUAGAAGCGUGGGCGGGCUGUUGUGUGGCGAAGUCCUCAUGCGCGAUGUGCGGGGGAGCACGUCGUGGCUAGUAGAGGGGGAAAGCCUAGAAGGAGGGGGGAAGCGUACGGGGAGGAGAAACGCGAAGGGUGAGGGUGGAAGCGCAGGGUGUGGGAGAUAGCGCUGAAGACGACGGACGGAAGCGCCGAUUGGGAAGGCAUGUGGGGAUGGGGAAGGGGAAAGGGUGGGGGAAGGAAGAACCCAUGUCACGCACGCACGACGGGUGAUAAUGGACGUGUGUUGCGUUCUCUCCCAUGACCCUUCCCGUGUUUCCCCCCUAUCCCAUCCCCUACGCGCCACCUCCCCCUCUCCCCUCCCUUCCUCUCAUCCCUUCCCUCCCUUUGCUCUCGUCUCUCCUCUUCCGACCCCCUCCCUUCCUCUUCAUUCGCCCUCCGCCACUUCUCUUUCCCAUAUCCUUCCCUCGCACCUUCCCUCAAUCUUAUCCCCCUCCUCCGUGCCGCAAGGUCGCCCUUGACUGGGAUACGCAAAAACUUCCCGGGAUGUGGGCGCGGUCCUUUAGUGGAUGAGAUCGUCCGACGCUAAGUGUCGAGGGAAGGAGGUGGAGCAGGAGAAGACGUCGGGCGCUGCGUGGGCGGAGGGGAGGCGACAUGGGAUUGGGGAAGGAAGGAGGCUGAAAGAAGACGAAAGGGCGUAUGUGUAUCCUGAGAACCGGUAGGCGAAGAGGACAAGAGCGGGCCGCGGCGCGCAAAUGGGUAGGAGAGCGCUUCUCCGGCUUCGUCUUGAGGAUGGGGGGGGGGAUAUGUGGAUGAAUGAAGGGUGUAU